AUGGCUGAUGAAGCCAUAUUUGAUAAGAAAAAAGCACAUCGAGCUAAACAUGCAGGAAGAAAAGCUGAAAAGAAGAAAAAGAAGAAUCAAAUAGAUCAAUCUAACCUAACCGCACGGCAAAGAAAUCCAAAAGCAUUUGCUAUACAAUCUGCGGUUCGAGCUGAAAGGCAAUUUCGGCGGCGAGAGGAUGUUAUUGCUAAAAAGCAACAUAUUCCCCAAGUGGACAAAACACCUUUGGAACCUCCACCAAUCGUUGUAGCGGUGGUGGGCCCUCCCAGAGUUGGUAAAACAACGCUUAUAAAUAAUUUGAUUAAAAGCUUCAUAAAAACCAACGUGACGAGUACAAACGGCCCAAUUACCAUUGUUACAUCUAAAAAACGUCGACUUACUUUAAUUGAAUGUAAUAAUGACAUCAAUUCCAUGAUAGACAUAGCAAAAUGUGCAGAUCUUGUAUUAUUACUAUGCGAUGCUAGUUUUGGAUUCGAAAUGGAGAUAUUUGAAUUUCUUAAUAUUUGCCAAGUCCAUGGCAUGCCAAAGAUCAUGGGAGUGUUGACACAUUUAGAUAUGAUUAAGAAUGCAAAAAAAUUAAAAAUGACAAAGAAAACACUGAAACAUCGUUUUUGGACAGAAGUCUAUCCUGGUGCUAAAUUGUUUUACCUUUCUGGUAUAAUUCAUGGAGAAUACUUAAGAAAUGAAAUAAAGAAUUUGUCUAGAUUUAUAUCAGUGAUGAAGUUCCGCCCCUUGAGUUGGAGAAUGACCCAUGCUUAUGUGUUAGCAGACAGGUUAGAAGAUAUUACUAAUCAAGAAGCUAUAAGAAAGGAUCCUAAAGUAAAUAGAGAUGUUGUUCUCUAUGGCUAUGUUAGAGGUGUACCUCUUAUGAAAGAAUCUGCAGUGCAUAUAGCAGGUGUUGGUGAUAUGAAAAUUAGUGAAUUGUCAUAUCUACCAGAUCCAUGUCCAUUACCCAAUCGUGACAAAAAGAGACACUUAAUGGAAAGAGAGAGACAAAUAUAUGCUCCUUUCGCUGGUGUUGGAGGUAUAGUCUAUGACAAAGAUGCAGUUUAUAUUGAACUUAAAGGAUCACAUUCACAUAAUAAGGAAGAUGAAGAAACAAAUGAAAAGAAAGCUUUAUUAAAAAAUGUUGUAGAAACAAAAGAAACUGUUGAUGAACAAAUGCAAGAGUCUGGGUUUAAACUUUUCAGUGGAGGUGCUGUUAUAUAUCCUGAUAUGGUAAAGGAUGAUGAAUAUUUACAGCAUGGUAAAAAUGAAGAGAACCAGAGUAGUUCUGAUGAAGGAGAUGAUGAGUCCGACAAUGACAGUGACUCUGAUAAUGACAGUGGAAUAGAUCAGAGUGAAAAGGACAGUAAUGUCAAAAGUUCAAAACUUCCAUGGGAUAAUAAUUCUGGUUCAGAAAAUGAAGAUAAUGAUAAUGCUGAUGAAGACAUGGAAGAAGAUCGCAAAUUGAAAGUGACUGCUGAAGGAAAGUCAGAUUCUGAUCAGAGCUCAGAUGAAGAAGAUUUUAGUACAAAAUGGAAAGAAAAGUUAAGUGAGAAAGCUACAGCAGCAUAUUUUGAACGUCAGAAAACAUCAAAUAAUAUCAUGAAGCUAGUAUAUGGGGACUUUGAAAUUGGAAAUAAAACCAAGGAACAGAAAGACGAGAGUGAUGAAAGUGAUGAAGAAGAAAUUGGUGGUCUCUUUAAAAAAGUGACGAGUACUCAAAAGAAAAAACAUAAAGAGAAAGAACAAUUGGACCUAGAUGAAUGUUCGUUUUUCUAUUCAUUAGAUAAACCGAAUCUUAGGGAUUGGACGAAAGAUGAAAAUAAACAAAUUUUGAUAAAUAGCUUCGUAACUGGCAAAAGAUCCGCAGAUGAAGACGCGGAAGAACUUCUCAAGUUAGAUGAUGCGAGUGAUGGUGAAGAUGAGAUGUUUGGUGAUUUUGAAGAUUUAGAAACUGGAGAAAAACAUGUUAGCGAAAAUAAAGAAGAAACAAAGGAGGUAGUUGGUGCGAAACGUAAAGCUGAAUUAACAAAAUCAGAAAUGCUGGAUAAGAAAAUGAAAUUAAAAGCGAAGUUUGAUGCAGAAUAUGACAACCCUGACGACCACAGAAUAAAAGGUGACCACUCAUAUUAUGAAAAUUUAAAAGCAGAGGCUUUGAAGCAAUCUGAGCUAAAUAAGUCAGUUUUCGAAAAUUUAGACAAUGGCUUAAGAGUGGAAGUAGAAGGAUACAGACCAGGAUUGUAUGUCAGAAUGCUAUUUAAAAAUAUGUCCUCAGAAUUUGUGACCAACUUCGAUUCUAGCUAUCCAUUACUUAUUGGAGCUCUCAACAUGGCUGAACAGAAUAUUGGUUUUGUAUCAUGUAAAGUAAAGAAACACAGGUGGUACAAAAAGAUAUUAAAAACGAAUGAUCCCCUUAUCAUUUCGUUGGGUUGGCGCCGAUUUCAAACUUUACCUAUUUAUUCUAAAAUUGAAGACGAUCUAAAGUGUCGAUAUUUGAAGUAUACACCUGAGCAUGUCACUUGCAACAUGCACUUCUAUGGACCAAUUACACCACAAAAUACAGGUUUCUUAGCUCUACAGACUGUGAAUAAUGAGUCAAAUGAAAUAAAACAAUUAGGUUUUCGAAUUGCAGCCACAGGAAGUGUCAAUGAAAUCAAUAAAUCUACACAGAUUAUGAAAAAGCUAAAAUUAGUUGGAACACCUUUAAAAAUUUACAAAAAGACAGCUUUUAUUAAAGACAUGUUCACAAGUACUCUUGAGGUCGCCAAAUUUGAGGGAGCGAGAAUAAAAACGGUUUCUGGCAUUAGAGGGCAGAUUAAAAAGGCUUUAAACAAACCCGAAGGCGCAUUCCGCGCGACGUUCGAAGAUAAAAUUCUAAUGAGUGAUGUAAUUUUCUGUAGAACUUGGUUCAAAGUGGACGUCACUAAAUUUUACGCGCCCGUUGUCAAUCUUUUGCUUCCGGUCGGCAAUAAGAACGCUUGGCAGGGAAUGAAGACGAAAGGACAGCUGAAACGAGAACGGAAUAUCAAAAGCGACGCUAACACUGACUCGAUGUACACUGACAUUGUGAGGGAACCAAAAGUCUUCAAACCAUUAGUAAUACCUAAGGAACUUCAAAAAGGUUUGCCGUACAAAUUGAAACCUAAAUCUAAAGCAAUGUCCUUAUCGAAAACAAAUUUAAAAGAGAAGUUCUCAGAUAGAAUAGCCGUCGUCAAGAGUCCGCACGAACAGCAAGUAUCCAGCGUAAUUAAAAUGUUGAAAACUAACUUUAAGAAAAAGAAAGAAGUUCAAAAAGAGCAAACAGUUGAGAGAGUGAAGAAGUUCAAGAAACAACAAGAAGAAGAUGAAUGGCGUAAACUUAAACGACAGAAGGAAUUAAAAAAGAAAAUUUGUAGGCAUCUAAGUAAAAUGUCAAAUAAGAAAGAAAAGCAAAUG